AUGUUGUCCCACUCCUCUGAAGCGGAGCCUUUGUGCGCCAGCUGCCAGGCAAUUACCUUCAAGCGAUCCGCCGUCGUCCCACCAGCGGCGCCACGGAAUGCCAAUCGAUCCGCCACCACGGCCAAGCGGGCUAGCGGUAGUUUCCGCAUUUCUAAUUCAACCUCUUCGGAUGAUGAUGAAGAUGGCAGCAGAGAGGUGGUCCACGGUGGUGGUGAUGGUGGUGGCGGUGAUGAUGAUGACGACAACUGCAUUGCAGACGUGAAAGCAGGGACCAAGAUCCCGCCAGCAAGGGCCUCAUCACACUCCACGCCGACAGUGUCCUACGUGCUCCAUGAGACACGGCAGUCUUUCCUUGACUCGCUCUCACAAGGGUGCCGCUUCUGCCUGCUGAUCAGCAGCCAGCUCGUCAGGAAUGACAAACUGGGGAGACAGAACGGUGGAGAUUCUUCGCCAGACCCUGCGCAGAGGCUGCGCACGAUCAGAGGCAGAUCUCACAGCAGCAGCGGCAAGCAUGGCCGCGUCUUUGGCGGUUCGCGGUCGAGUCGCCCUGGGCUAGGAAAGCCACUGGGCGAUGAUGCUGCCGCUAAUAGGCCAGCGACUGGUGGAGGGACGGGAGCAACAGGGGCCAAUGACCCAUGGGCCGAGCUGGGCGGCAAUUUCAUGAUUCUGCGACGCAGCUGGCCUAUCCACAGCCACAGUAGUGGGCAUGUUGUGAGGAGUGAUGUUGUUGAACAGCAACCACAACAAAAGUCCCAGAAACCACGACACCAUAAGCUCGCCGGCCAAGGUUCGGCAUUACGUGAAGAACAAGGGCCCGGAACAGAAAACGAGAUAACGUUGAUGGAACACUCUGCUGCAACGGCCGAUGUCCACGUCUGGAGCCCGGCCGGUAGUGCUUGUCUGCGCGUAAUCGAUGAAUUGCCAUCCGACUAUGAAAAAGUCUACCACAGUUCCGUAGGAAAUUCUGAUCACAAUCGAAAGAAACGAAAGCACAAAGAGAUUGAUUUCAACGGCCAAACGGACGACGCAGAUCCCGCUGCCGGUCCACACCUUGUCGUCAAAGACAGUACCGGCUCGGAGACAAACAUGGCUCUGGCACGUCUCUGGCUCAAAGACUGUCUUGCACAACACCACUUCUGCAGAACGGGCGUGUCAUCUGGCCAACGCCUCCCACGGCGGCUGAUUGAUGUUGGUAAUCCACAGCGACCCUUCCUACUGAACGUCAACGCUCUGGUUGAAAAACGCAAGGUCUCGUACGUCGCCUUGAGCUAUUGCUGGGGAGAAGGUGAACGCGUAAUGACCCUCAAGUCCAAUUAUAAGCAGCACCUGGACAGGUUACCACUGGAGAACCUACCCAAGACAUUCAGCCAUGCAUUCGAAGUCACCCGGAAGUUGGGGUUCCAGUUUGUCUGGACAGAUGCAUUCUGCAUGAUCCAAGACAGCCCUGAGGACAAGGAACACGAGCUGCCCAAAAUGGGCGACAUUUACCGCUACGCAGUCUUGACCAUCUGCGCCGAGGGAUCACCGAAUGCCCAUGCUGGGCUCUUUCAGCACAGGGAUGGUCGUACUGCCCGCCCAUGCAAGAUCAAGCUGAGCACAGCUCACACUGAUAACACAAUCAUCUCGUCCGUGGUGACUCUAUCCACAAAGUUUGUUCGGACGGACUAUCUCGAGCCGCGUGGCUGGAUUUUACAAGAGGAGAUUCUUGCGUGCCGGCGCCUGCUCUUUGGGACGCAGAUGAGGUGGAGCUGCAUCACUUCGACAGCAGAAGAGGUGCGGCCAUUGCCCCAGCCACGGCAAGGUUUGUUAACGGGUGGCCAGAGGAGUCCUGAAGACAAGCUCCGGAUGUGGCUGUACGAAGCGCCGCGCAUGCUCGCUGCGGUCCCUGAUCGUCUGCGGUCAUAUCGCUGGAAUCAUUUCGAUGCGUGGUACGGCGUGGUCGAAGUGUACAGUCUCAAACAGCUGACCUUCGCAGGCGAUGUCCUCGCUGCUGUCGAGGGGCUGGCUCAAAUGUUUGCUCAAGCACACAGAGUGACCUACCUGGAUGGGUUAUGGAAGGAAGACAUACAACUUGGUCUGGGCUGGUACGUCUGCAACAAUGAGAGACGCAAUGUGGCACUGUCCAGCGAUUGCUGGCCAUCGUGGUCGUGGGCGUCGGUGGGCAAGGUCGCGUUAAGGUUUCGCAAGUGGCAUACGCAGGCGGAGCACCUAGUGAACGAGGGCGCCCAGCUGGUCAAUGCCACACACGAAGGCACCGACCUACCGGAUGUCUCUGGUACGCUUAGAUUAAGAGCCAGAACAAUGGUUGCUGACGACCUGAGAUCGAUCCGCUCUUCUGGCCUGGUGCUUAAGUCGUCCGCUGCAGAACCUGGAGCCUAUACUCGUAAGGGGCUGGCGCUUUUCCACGAUGUCGAGGUCUGGUCGGAUCACCCUCUUGCCCGCCGAGACCACGAGCCGAUAUUUCUGAAGUGAGCAUGGGUGGAGCCUGGAUGUACUCGUCCAGUCCUUCUUGAGCUGUGGAAGGCACGCACCUUCCACUCCGUGGCCACAGUCUGGACUGGAAUGGGACUGCUCCUCCCGUUCGCGCACCCACGACUGUGGUCCGGCUCAUCAUCUGUUAUGGCUCGCCUUCUUCUGUGUCCAUAUGCUGCACAAACUAACCUCUGACAGGGCGAAUGGAAUCUUCUCUUGCCAAAGGCCGACUCUUGUCUUAUGAGCUCGUCAGCCAUCAUCUGCCAUCAUCACGUUUAACAUCGAGCAGCUCUCUGCGUGACGCUUUUUACGGCUGUCUUGGGCGAUAUCUGUCGCGCCUUGCUCGAGCACUGCCUGCACGGCUGAUUCACUUUGUGUGCACACAGCUGCCACUUGUGGUCAUA